UGCUUCAGACCUAAUCCGAUCGUCCAACGUUCCCAACCGAAUUGACCCAACAUCAUGGAAAUCCCAAGCCCACCUCUGCUCUAUAGGGUUCAACCCAACACCAACUCAACCUUAUCCACACCCGUUUUAAGUGCUUUUUAUAACACAUUUUAGAAACCUAAAUGCCAUUCUUGGGAGUUUGAAUUUGGGUUAAGGGUUCCAACGCAUCACUUAUACAAAGAAAAGUAAAGAAAAAAAACCAGAAUCAACGUGAAAAGAAAUGAUAAACCAUUAUGUAGUUAGAAGUCAGAGAAAAUUACUUGUAUAGAUACCGGGCAGGUCAGCCAAAACCCUAGAUUGUCCCUAUAGGGUCGGGUCAAACCGGAUUUACUGUUCAACCCGACCCAUUGACAUGAAAAUUGAGUCCGAAUCAUCUACGGUUCUAUUCGUAAUACUGGGCCAAUCGGGACUCACAACGUCAGUACUCUACACGUGGCAAGUGGCAAUUUGGAGGACUUAUUUGGACCAGUUAGCUGCCACGUACACCGUAUGAGCACAGACUUUCUUUUGGAAUGUUAACUGCCACGAAUUGUUAAGCAUGGAAACGUGACAUCAAAUAGUCAAAAUUUCCAUGGAGACAAAAAAUCUCAUAAUUAUCAAUCUAUGAAAUGGCGGAAUUGAAGCAAAUUGUACUACAUGCCCGGCCAAUCCGUGCAAAAGGGACUACCUUUCUCUUUCCUGCGUUUUAUUUUGACUCUGUCGGAGCUCAUUUGUACUUGGAUGAUGUUGGCUCCUGCUUCAGUUUCUGCUUGAUCUGCUCAGCAGACCACUCCUCUCCUUUUCUCAUCUCACCAUAGCCACCUUUUUUAAUGUCUUAAUCAGAUCUUAUUCAAUUCCUGAAGUUCCGAAUAAGAAGUUCGACAAUCCUUCUAACCCAUUACGCCUUUACUCCAAAACGAAACUCGUUUGGUUGAGCUUCUUCCAGACCCAGAGAUCUCGUUAGCAUUUUGGGGUGCUUAUUGCCACAAUGUUUAGAGCAAAACCCUUUUCCAGAUUCAUCUGCUUUUCUGUUACUCUUUUGCUUUUAUUACGUUGCUUCGUCUCUGCCGCGGCUUCUGAUACUAUUGUGGAUGAUGAAGAUGAUUUGAAAGGUUAUGAAGAGCUAUUAGCGUUGGAUGAAGAAGAAGAACGGGAAGGUCCUCAAGUGAGAUCAUCUGAGGCUGGGGCUGAGGUUCUUAGCAAGGCUCAGAGAAUUGUUCUUGAGCUCAACAAUGAUAACACUAAGCGUGUUAUCGAUGAUAACGAGUUUGUUCUGCUUCUGGGUUAUGCUCCUUGGUGCCCUAGAAGUGCGGAGCUGAUGCCCCAAUUCGCAGAGGCGGCAACGACUCUCAAGGAGAUGGGUAGUCCUCUAUUGUUGGCGAAGCUUGAUGCGGAGAGCUACCCAAAAGCGGCAUCCCUUCUUGGGAUCAGGGGCUUUCCCACCCUGCUUCUCUUUGUCAAUGGGUCCUCACAGGUGUACACUGGUGGAUUUUCUGCGGAGGAUAUAGUGAUCUGGGCAAGGAAAAAAACAGGGGCGCCUGUUAUUAGACUUUCUUCAGUGACUGAAGCAGAGAAAUUCCUUGAGAAUAACACCAUGUUUGUUAUUGGUCUGUUUGAAAGAUUUGAGGGACCUGAUUAUGAAGAAUUCGUGAAAGCAGCAAAUGCUGACAAUGAAACCCAGUUUGCUGAAGCUUGCGGUAUUGAGGUUGCUAAGGUUCUUUUUCCAGACAUUAAGCCUAAAAAUCUUUUCCUUGGUCUGGUCAAAAGUGAGCCUGAGAAAUAUACUACAUUUGAAGACACUUUUGUAAAGGAGAAAAUAUUGCAAUUUUUGGAAAAUAACAAAUUUCCAUUGGUUACUAUGCUGACUGAACUUAAUUCUGUGAAAGUCUACUCCAGCUCUAUCAAACUCCAGGUAUACAUCUUUGCUGAGGCUAAUGACUUGAAGAACUUCCUUCUGCUUCUUCAAGAUGUUGCGAGAAAGUUCAAAUCAAAGAUAAUGUUUGUAUGUGUAGACAUUGCAGAGGGUAACCUUGCAAAACCCUUUUUAACAUUAUUUGGGCUUGAAGAAUCGGAACAAACUGUUGUGACUGCUUUUGAUUACAGAAUUAACUCAAAGUACCUUUUAGAGUCAGAUUUGACACCAAGCAAUUUGGAGGAGUUCUGUUCAGGGCUUCUAAGUGGUACUCUGUCACCUUACUUCAAAUCACAGCCCAUGCCAAAUAAUAAAGGGGAAACCAUCCAAACCAUUGUAGGGAGGACUUUUGAUGACCUAGUUUUGAGCAGUCUCCAGCAUGUUCUUCUUGAGGUUCAUACACCAUGGUGCAUCAAAUGUAAGACCACAAGCAAGCAAAUUGAGAAGCUGGCUAAGCAUUUCAGGAGAUUCGAUAAUCUAAUUUUUGGAAGGAUAGAUGCUUCUUCAAAUGAACAUCCAAAAUUACAGAUAACCGAUUACCCAACUCUACUGUUUUACCCAUCUGGGGACAAGUUAAAUCCGAUCAAACAGGCGACCAAGUCAAGCUUAAAGGAACUGGCUGCAUUCAUCAAUAAAAAUGUAAAAGGAACUGAGGAUAGACGACAACCAUCUGAAGAGGAGGCAACCAAAGACGAAUUAUAGGAAUAGGAUAAUACAAUGUGAGAACAUUCCACCUCUAAAACAUCUAAAAAGUCAUAUAGGAAUGGGUUUUAGUUGAGAGAAGCUCAGAAAAAAUGUCAUUAUUUUUCAAGUGUUAAUAUUUUAUGACCUCUUACCCAUUUCAUUCUUACAGAGACAUGGUUGAGAGGGACAAGCAAUAUUUUCUCCAAUAAGAGCAAUAUUUAUUAUAGCUUCACAUAUUUUUCUUGGGUAGAUAAAAAACAAAGCUAUAAAAUUUGGUGUCAAUGAUACCAUUAAGUG